AUGAAGUCCUUCCUUGCCCCAUUUGUUGUCUUGCUCGGUGCUGUGACGGCUGCCCCUGCGGGUGAAUCCCGCGACCUCCAGCCUCGCUCGCACCCAGUGACGUGGACUGGCUACAUCGACAUUAACUUCGAGAACCCCGUUGGCGCUCCCGUGACCGUCACCGAUAACGGACACUGCACUAAGCUUCCGAAGGACCUGUGGCACAACAUGCGCUCUAUCAGGGUCGAGGCUCCUGCUUAUAACUCUGGCUGUGCGCUGUACCAUGACGACGAGCACACUCAGAUUGUGCCCCUUCACAACAACGGCGGAUCGGACAGACUUCACGACGGAUGGUACAACACUUUCCACUCGUACAAUGCCCAGGCCGGGUCUAUUUGCUGCUGGAUCAAGGCUUAG